CCCGUGGUGGAGAGAUCGGGCGGCAGGGACCUCAGGCUGCGAAGGGAGCGGUGGUGAGGUCGGGCAGCGUGAUCGAGCGGGCGCCGUGGCAGGGAAGGGCAGGCCCCGGCCUCUCCUCAGAGACUCUUUCGCCGUCUGUUUGCUGCAGGAGCAUCAACCUGGUCACUUCCGAGGGAAAGAGCGGGACGGCGGGGUAUACGGUAGCUUCUGUGAUCAAGGGCUGUUAUCCAAGAAGCUGCUCAUCUUAAGUGAAGUCUGACUAUGUUCUGAGCUCCCGGGAAGGACGCGGUUCGGGCGUGUUUACACCUUUACUCUGCUGAUAAUGGACGAAGAGAACCUAGAAGCCGCCAUUCAGACCUACAAUGCCCAGCUGCAGCAAGUGGAGCUGGCUUUGGGGGCAGGCCAGGACCCAUCGCAGCAGUCAGACUUGAUUCAGUUGCAGGAAGAUUUAAAGCAGCUGAUAGAACUGACUGAAUCCAGCCUGGUGUCUGUGAAAAAGAGCAAACUUCUGGCUACUUUAGAUCCCAAUGCUGCCUCUUCCUCCUCCCCAGUGGGUCUGGAGCAGAACACCAACCCAGACAGCUCUGCCCAAGAUGAGGAGUAUGCAGCUUUUAAGGAAGCCAUUGCUGAGCUUGGAGGUGAUGAGAAGCCUUCAGCUAACCAGGAUGAGAUAGCAGCAGAGAGAGAAACUGACAGCAAAAAUGAAUCCAAGGACAGUGAAGAAGAGAGAGAGUCAGACAGAGAGGAGGAAGAGGAGGAAGAAUUGAGUGGGAUGAAGGUUAAAGCUCCCUACUACAGUUCUUGGGGGACUCUGGAGUACCAUAAUGCCAUGAUUGUGGGGACAGAGGAGCUGGAAGAUGGCAGUGCAGGAGUCAGAGUGCUGUACCUCUACCCUACUCACAAGUCUCUCAAGCCUUGCCCCUUCUUCUUGGAUGACAAAUGCAGAUUUAAAGAGAACUGUCGGUUCUCUCAUGGGCAGGUGGUCUCUGUGGAGGAGCUUCAGCCCUUUCAGGAGCCCAACCUGAGCUCACUGGAGGUAGGCUCAGCCUGCCUGGCCAAGCACAGUGAUGGCAUCUGGUACACUGCAAAAAUCACUGAUGUGGACAGUGGUUACUACACUGUGCAGUUUGACUCCCUGCUGCUGAGGGAGGCUGUGGUGGAGGCAGACAGCAUCAUCCCCCCGCUGCGCGGCGAGGCCGAGGCCGACAGCGACGACGACUCUGCCUAUGCCAAGGUGAUAGACUCAGCAAUCCCAGAGGCUGGGGAGUGGACUCCUGCCUGCAGCUCCUCCUUUGGUGGCUGGGAAGCUCACACCCGUGGCAUUGGCUCCAAGCUGCUGGCUCAGAUGGGAUAUGAGUUUGGCAAAGGGCUAGGGAAGAACGCUGAUGGCCGGGUGGAGCCGGUGCAGGCCGUGGUGCUGCCCCGGGGGAAGUCCCUGGACCGCUGUGCCGAGGUCCUGCAGAGGAGCAGGGAGGGGAGGCCGGCGCCGGGCAGGGGCAGGAGGGGCAGGGCGCAGGGCGGCGCCGCGCAGCCCCCCGCCGGCCGCAGGGCCCCGCGCAGCGUCUUCGACUUCCUGAACGACAAACUGCGAGGGAAGAGCUCCGGGGACGAGGCCGGGGGCCUGGAGGCCCUGCCCAGGAGGAGCAGCAAGGAGCUGUACCGCGGCAGCAAGAGCAGCAGGAAGGCCCUGAGCGUGCACCUCCUGCAGACGGCCGAGGAGAUCGACCGGACGCAGAGACACAUCCUGGGGAUCCAGCGCGCCCUGCAGCGCAACCUGGGCAGGCACAGUGUGGCCACAGCCCAGCUGAAGGAGAAGCUGGCCAAUGCCCACAGGCAGCUGGGACAGCUGCAGGCCCAGGAAGCCAGGCUGCAGAGGGAGCAGAAGACAGCAGACACACACAAGAAGAUGACUGAGUUCUAGUCUCUGAGGGAGGUUGGACUGCACUCAGUGUCCUCCUAGCCAGCCCCAGUGCUCCUGGCCUCAGAGCCUGGCUGAGCCCUUCCUGUUCCUCUGGGCUUUGAGCUGCCCAGCCUGAACACUGGGCUGAAAAGCAGCAGCUUCUGCAAGGAGGUGGUGCUGAGCUCUGGGGGAGGGGAAGGAGAACACAUCUGUCCAGUGUUCAGCCAGCCUGAGCCUGGUGCCAGGGCUAGCUACAAGGAACACUCAUUCUCUGCUCUCCUGCACACUUCUUGUCCCUCUUGUGGCUGUGGCAGCACCUCAGCCAGAGCCUGCAGCUCCUCCAGGUGCCACUGCUGCUGAGGAGGGCUCUGAGAGCCCCACAUCCUGCCAGCAGCUGUGGUUGUGUUGGCAGCCACCUGACAAACAGGAGUGGAGGCAGGGUCCUGAGCACAUCCCACUGAGGAGGAGGCUGCUGGGUGACAGCCACCAAGGCAAACUGCUUCAGCUGCCCUCCACCUUCUGAGCUGUGCCAUGGCACCCACCUGAGAGCUGAGGUGUUCAGGGAGCAGUUCCCUGUAGCCCUGCUGUAC